AUCGAAAAAAUAAGAUAAACUUGUAUACACGAGUAUGCAUGCGAAACAGGGUGACCGAAUAUGGUAUUUUUAAUACUUUUUGGUAUUUUAUCAGCUCUGAUUUUGCUCAAAAGUAUUUUAAUGGUAUAUAGGUAUUUAGUAGCAUUUUCAUCGAUUUUAUGGUAUUAUAUGGUAUUUUCGGUUUGGUCACACUUUAAGACUUAAUGAAUCGAAUGCUUAAUACUUAAGACUUGCUUUAUUUUAAAACAAAUAAAUAGAAAACAUGAGCAAUAAGCAAAAAAAAAAGAGUUGAGUGGAAGACUAUGCCGGUGAGUUCUUUAUAUGCUUUUAAAUUAUAUGUAGAUAAUAACUAUUCUUUUUUCAGAUUCAAUCGUUUUUUAGAGUCGGACAACACUCUAGCUACCUCUAUCAAAAAAGCAGAAAUUAUGUUUGCUGCAGCGAUUGCUGAACACAACAUAUCUAUGAGAGCAAUGGACCAUAUUAGCGAUGUGGUCAAGCAUGCGUUUCCCGAUAGUGCCAUUGCGCAAGGGUUUUGCUGCAAACGCACCAAAACAGCUUCGCUUACGUACAAUGUACUGUCACCUGUGAUGAAGGAGUAACUGAUCUCUAGCAUGAAACGGUGCGUUUCUGCAGCGGGAAGGCCUGUGUUCUCCAUAAUCAUUGAUGAAUCGACUGAUGUUUCGUGUACAAAGGUCUUGGCGUGUGCUGUUAUGUAUUUCGACAAGGAAGCGCAACCAAAAUUCUUGUUCACCAUUGACUUAGAGGGUGAAAAAGCAGUCGACCUUUUUGCAGCACUCAGCGAUGGACUCAAACUUAAUGGCUUUGACAUCAAUAAUAUGAUUGGAUUUGCUGCAGACACAACUAAUGUGAUGUAUGAUUCUCCUGCACACAAUAUACUUAACCACUACGAGAUACGUUGGCUAUCGUUUCAUUGUUGUGUGGCACGCGUACUAGAACAGUGGGAUGCCCUCAUUGCAUUCUUCCAAGAAGAAUAUGAAGUUGAUAACAAUUUAUCAGCUGAGUAUAUUCUAUCUAAUUUAAAAAAUCCAACUGUUAAACUUUAUCUUUUAUUUUUGGAUUAUAUACUUGCUUUAGUGAAUAAAUUCAAUAUCAUAUUCCAGUCUAGUCGAUCUGUUGUACAUCAUUUAUAUAAAACUAUGUCCGAAUUUUACAAAAGUGUAUUAGCUUGUUAUAUGCAGGAGAUGUAUAUAAAUAAUACAGAUUUAAAUGCCAUAGAGCCAACAAACACAUUUUAUUUUGUACAUAUAAAAGACAUGUAUCUCGGAAUAAAAGUGGAAACUGAACUUUCAACAAAUAGCUUGGACAAAGAACAUAAAUUGGCUUUUUUGAAACGUAGCCAGUUAUUUUUAAUCGAGUUAUGCGUACAACUAAAAAAAAGAUUGCCAUUACAAGAUAACUUUCUGAAAAUGUUAAGUUUUUUGGAUCCAAAUGAUUUUAAUAAUCAAAAUUGUCAAUCGUUGCUCAAGCUGUAUGAACGCUUUCCCGAUUUUGUCAAUGAUCCACAAAUAAUUGACAAUGAGUAUCGAACAAUGAAAACUGACGACAUGGUUAAAAUGCUUUUGACUAAAAAUCUCAAUUGCGAUACAUUCUGGUACGAAUUGAGUCAGUUAAAAGAUAUAAAUAAUUGCUAUAAAUAUUCGAAUAUUUCGAAAUUUGCUCAAUCUAUGUUAAUUUUGCCCGUUUCUAAUGCGUCGUGUGAACGCAUAUUCUCUCAAAUUAAUUUAAUCAAAACGAAAAAUGGAAACCGCUUUCAAAAUGUAAAUGUAUCACAUAUAUUACAUGUAAAACAAUCAUUGCGCGAAAAUGGGUGCAAUAAUUUUAAGCCCAAUGAACAAAUGUUAUGUAAAGAUUUCAACAAAUUGAAUUUAAGCUGCUCUGACGAAGAAGGCUAGUAAAUAUAAUUAAAUGAUCUUAAGAGAAACUAGCAAGACUGAACAAAGAAGUUCCUUUAUUUUAUUUUAAGAAAAUGUUACAAAAUGAAUUUUAAGCAUUUAAUUAAUUUUAAGACUUUAAAAAUAUAUUGGAAUAUGGAAUUGAAUACGAAUGCAUAUUGUUCUAGUUUUAUGUUGGACUGAAAUAUUAUUAAUUUUUUAAAAUGAAAUAAACAAUAAACAUUUUUUGCAA